UACAUUAAUCGUUAUUCGAGACUUCAAUGGCGAAUGAGGUGGUGUUGCUGGGCUUUCGGCCUAGCCCAUUCGUGGCGAUGGUGAAGAUAGCACUGGCUGAGGAAGGGGUGAGUACAAGGAGGAGGACUUGAAGAACAAGAGCCCACUUGCAGAUGAACCCGGUUCACAAGAAAGUGCCGGUGCUUAUUCACAAUGGCAAACCCCUCUCCGAGUCACUCAUUGUGGUUCAAUACAUUGAUGAGGUUUGGAUAGAUGGGGUUCCAUUGUUGCCUUCUGAUCUUACCUAAGAUCCCAAGCCAAGUUCUGGGCGGACUUCGUUGACAAAAAGACCCGAAGAAAAUGACUAUUUUGCCCUUGGUGCUUACGUGAAUUACAGUCGCCCAUCAAUGCGUUGGUCUUCUAUAUUUUCAGAAUCAUGUUUUUGAGUAGAAGAGACUGGAAACGCCAAGAAUAUCUAUCAGAUUCUAGAUCUAUCUAAUCACUGUUCUGGCAAUUUACCUUUGUACUAUUCAUAGUCUGAGUAUAUAAGCCAUAAGAUUGACUCACGAGUGGCUUCGGGAACUCUCCAUUUACGUCGACUCCAGCUCCUCCACUGUUGCGAUCUCCGAUCAACGUCAACCUCCAUAGAAACUGAGUGUUCAGAAUUGUCGUGCAUCAAUUCAUCAACCAUAGUUUGAAAUUGGAUUGAAGCUUGCAGAACCUUACACUUUCAUCAAUUAUUAUUGACCUUCAACCAGCUAACUAAAACGUUCAAUUUUAUUUCAUUUGGUUCGCACUUAAAUUUACAUUUACAUACUAUUGAAUAAUAACUGAGUGAGUUUCAUGAUGUUUGUUUUAAUCACUUAUAAUGAUCUUUGUUUAGAAGUUAUUCACUGCAUAGCAUAUUGGUUUCUUUUUUAUUUGAAAAUGUUUGCAGUAUCUACACUAGGCACUUUUUCGCUGCAUAUACUCUUUACUUUAUUGUUAAUGUGUUUGAAUAUAGCUUUUUAGAGCAGUUUUGCACUGCAUAUUGAUAACUAGAUGAAUGGUCCCACAUCCAUUUAGUUUCGCUUUCAAUUGGUAAACUUCCGGUUCUUAAUUGAAGAAUGGUAGUGAUAAUGAAGAAACUACAAAAGAAGAGAGUGAGAAAGAGAAGGUAGAGCCUGAAAUUGUUGUUGUGAAUGAAGAAAAGAAAACAUGAGAAGAUGAGAAGAAGGGUGAGAGGUCUGGUGCUUCGUGCUCAAGCUUGAAUUUUCCUUACAUGGAUAAGCUCAGGGAUGAGCUUUCUUGAGAGAAAUGAGGUUGGGUACUUGCGUCUGAGGAUUCUUGGCAACGUUGGAAUGGUUUCAAGCAUGGGCAUUUCCAACGCAAUAGAUCUGACAUAGUAUCCCCCUUUCAGAAACCCUUGAAGCUAAAGCAUUGGAGAAGGUGGAGGAUAAGUCCAAAUGAGAACUCUGAGGCAUUGGCUUUUAUCAUUGGUUAGAGUUCACUCGGUUACACUUUAGAGGCAUAAGCGAUGGAGGAGGUUUCAGAGAAUCUUCAGAAACAAUUGAACAAGUCAGUGCUCGAUGAUGAAAUUAAACAUCUCCUGUAAAAGAUAUCGUAAACAUAGACACAGCAAGGUGCUCCGAUAGGGGGAAACUAAAGCAUAUGAGAAGCAUAGAUAUCAACUCCAACUUGAGGAGGCCAUUAGUAACAAUGGCAACAAAACUUGCGCAUUCUUAGCUUACAAGGACUACCAGUGAACCAAAAAUAUCUGCACAAAGCCAUCAAAUUAGGUGAGCCAGCUUUAGUGGCUACUGAUGAGCUAAUAAAAUUUAUCUAUGAUAGGUAUGUAAUUAGUUGAGCCAUUGUGGGAUAAAGUCCUUUCACUGUUGAGGACUUUAUCUCAGAUGUGCUAAUAAAAUUUAUCUAUGAUAGGUAUGUAAUUUGCUGCCCUUAUUAAAUGUUUUGGUUUCUUAGCAUAAGCUGCAACUCGGACAUGGAAUCUUUCAUGUCCUUAAAUAACAUUGUGUUAGCUCCAAAACCCGCGGCAAAGCGCGGGCAAAAUUUCUAGUUUAAAGAUUUGUUGACGAAAGCAGUGACAUACGUGCGUGGAAGAAUCUGAAAUCCCAAACCGAUAAUUCUCGAGAUACCAAAGCCAAGCCAGUCAAUCACUUCUUCUUCCUUACUUUGAACUUGUUGACCAUACUAGAUUCUCGCACUUAAUAGUUAAAAUUUGGAACUGCGUCGAUCAAUCUUCAAGUUAAUGGCGGAUGAGGUGGUGUUAUUGGGAUUCUUGCCGAGCCUAUUUGCGGCGAGGUUGAAGAUUGCACUGGCUGAGAAGGGGGCCGAGUAUGAGUACAAGGAGGAGGACUUGAGGAGCAAGAGUCCACUACUUGUGCAGAUGAACCCGGUUCACAAGAAAGUUCCGGUUCUCAUUCACAAUGUCAAACCGAUUUGUGAGUCCCUCAUUGCGCUUCAGUACAUCGAUGAGGUCUGGAACGAUAAGGCUCCACUGUUGCCCUCUGAUCCUGGCCUUGGGGCCCAAGCCAGGUUCUGGGCAGACUUUAUUGACAAGAAGGAGAUGAUAUGGGCAGCCAAAGAAGAAGAACAUGAGGCAGCGAAGGAAUUUUUUGAUUGCAUUGGGGUGUUAGAAGGACAGCUUGGAGACAAAGCUUUCUUUGGGGGUGAGACUCUUGGGUUUGUGGAUGUGGCAGUUAUUCCAUUCUAUAGCUGGCUUUCUGUGUUUGAAAAAUAUGGAAAUUGCAGUAUAGAAGCCAAGCAUCCAAAGUUCACUGCAUGGACUAAGAGGUGCAUGGAGAAGGAGAGUGUGUCAAAGUCUCUUCCUGAUCAGCGAAGGAUCUAUGACUUUAAGGUUGGGGGCAUAUUAACCAAGUUAUCAGUCGAUCAAGACCUGUAAUCAAUUCUAUCGAUUAUGAGCCUUUUGUGGUAAAUUAUCUUCAUCUACGAUCAAAGCACACUUGACCAGACCCCUGUAGAAAAGUCAAGUAAUUUUCUUUGUGGUUUGGUUCCUUGUACAAAUUUGGACAAAUAUUGCCAUCUUACGUAUUUUCUUUAUGAUAGAAUAGAUUCAUGCUUAGGAAAGCGAAAACCAAUAUCUCAGAUCAUUA